GGCUGACUCGUCUUCUCCUAGAGGAAAAGUUGGUUCUGUCUUCUUAUAGGAGCCUUCGUUCUUUAUCUUUGACCUGCAAACUAACACCUCGAGAAUCUUACCAACCAAUACUGGGUAUUGGGCACCAUUCGUUUGAAACAUUAAGAAUAAAGAAGAAGCAAAGCAUCAAUCUUUUACUAUUCCAGUUUCAACGUGAUCGUGAGCCAUCCCUCAGUUUAAAGAUCAUCGAGCCAUUCGUGGCAUCCAGUCAUGACUGCGGAUACUACUGUUCUAAGUUACUGGUGGAACUGGAGGUUCUUGAUCUGUGCAAUAUUUAUUUUGAGUAGUAUAGUUGUAGCCGCAGUUCUUAUAUGGAAAUAUGAAGGCUGCAAAAAAUCCAGAAGGGAAAGAAGAGAAAAUCAACACCAAACAGUAGGAUCUCUAUAUGAGGAUGAAGCAUGGAGGACAUCUCUCAAAGUAAUUCAUCCUGCUUGGCUUCUUGCGUACAGAAUAGUUGCUUUCUUUGUGCUUCUGUCCUUGAUAAUUACCAAUAUUGUUCUUAGUGGAGCUGGCGUACUAUAUUUCUAUACUCAGUGGACAUUUUGCUUGGUCACAAUCUACUUUGGGCUUGGAUCUUCACUCUCCAUUUAUGGAUGCUACAGAUACCACAAUAGAGUUGGUGAGGAUGCAGCUGAUCAUUUGAGAGAUGAAGAGCAAGGUAAUUAUGUUGCUCCAACACUUGGCGAAAAUGCAGAUACAUCUGACAUGUCUAAAAAUUUUACUGGUGAAGAAUUCCCCUCUCGAAAGGCCGCAGGUGUAUAUGUUUAUAUCUUUCAAGUCAUUUAUCAGAUGUGCGGAGGUACUGUGGUGCUCACUGAUGUUGUAUUUUGGCUCAUUCUAUAUCCAUUUCUAACAAGCAAAUCGUACAAACUGAACUUUAUGAUGGUCAGUAUGCACUCAUUCAAUGUUGUUUUCCUCCUUGGUGAGACAAUUUUGAAUAGCUUGCGGUUUCCAAUGUUUCGAAUCUCAUAUUUUGUGCUAUGGACGGGAAUAUUCGUGAUAUUCCAAUGGAUAAUCCACGCUUUUAAAAACAUGUGGUGGCCUUAUCCAUUUCUUGACUUGGCAUCCCCAUAUGCACCCUUAUGGUAUCUUGGGGUUGGAGUGAUGCAUAUCCCAUGCUACGGCGUCUUUGCUUUAAUCAUUAAAAUGAAGCAGUUGUGGUUCUCAAGAUCAUUCCCAGAGUCUUUUCAGGGUGAGAGGUGACACUAUGCGUUCAUCGAAUCACAAGACUUCAUACUGCCAUGGACCAACCCAAUUAGGUAUAAAGGUAGCAUUAGUGAUAUCAUUUUUUGGCUUAGACAUAGGAAAACGAUGAAUUGUUCAGAAUUCGUAUCAUUAUCAAGUGUACAUGAUCACUAUUCUUUGGAGGAGGCUAUAGCAUCCCCAGUUACAUAUCAAUAUUCUUCAAAACAGGGU